AUGUACCAAAAGCUAUUCCUGAUUCUAUUGUUGUUCGUGUGCACGGUGCUGUCGCGGCCUAACGUCGCGGGACCAGUAAAAGGGGCACUACCGCGGCCCUUGAAGAAAAGUAUCUCCUUGUUCUCCUUCUCCGAUGACUCCCCAGUGUGGGGCAAUUGCCCCGAUGGAUUUCAAAUGGACGUGAACGGCGUCUGCCGAGAAGUUUGGUACGAGGAUUAUGAUAAUUAG